CACAUCCCUCGAUUACCUCAUAUUAUUUCUUUGGCGGAAAACUACCCUCUCUGUCUUGUUCUCGUUUUCAUUUCAUUCUUAAUCAAGCUCAUAUCCGAUAUCAGUAUACAAGAAGGGAAAAUCAAUGAUCAUGAUUGACAAUUCAGAAAUAUUGAUCCGGCCCUACAAGGCCGAGGAUCACGAACAAGUUGUCCCCAUCAUUCUCAAGGGCUUCCACUGGGUCGACUAUCCAAUUUUCCUCUCCAAGGCCAAGCAUCGCAGCACUAUCCUUUCCAUCUUGAUCAAGUCCUUCAUUUAUACAGCUUUGAUUGAGCUUGCUUUGGUCGCUUUUAUCAAUACCAGACAUAAUUCUUUCGUCAGCGGACCAUCGCCAUCAUCACCACCAUUAUCAUCAUUGUUCUCCUUUACAAGGCUCUCGUUUGGUAGGCUAAAGGACGUGGCAGAGACACUGACAAGACCUGGAUCUACACAGGGAAUUAUCCUACAGUUCAUAAAGCCUUCAACCGUUUUAAUUUGGGCUCUAGUGACUAUUGUCGUGACCUUAAUUACAUUGAUGGGAAUCUAUCGAUGGACAUUGGGAAUCGGACAAGAAUACAUCACUAACUGCUUCAAUGACGACCUCGGUGAUAUCCAAGGCUAUUACCAAUCUCAGUCCUUUGCUACAAAGGGACGUAAAAAUCGAUCUCAGUUCUGGGUAGCCUGUCUGAGAACUCAUCCACAAUUGGUGAUGGGCUGUAUUGCCUUGGAUGACAACUGGGCCCAUUCGGAUUAUUUGAAGAAGAAACAUCUGGCGCAAGGAGGGACUGAAGAAUCAUUCAAAGAGCCCAACGAAGUGAUGGAUGCAGAACUACGUCGGCUGUCUGUAGAUCCUAAUUAUCGUCGAUUGGGUAUUGCCAAGAUGCUGAUUCAGACAUUGUUGGAGAGUGCUAAAGAGCAGGGAUUCCGACGGGUUUUUGUUAUGUCCACUUAUAUACAAACGGCGGCUUUGAAAAGAUACAUUCAGUAUGGCUUUGAUAAAGAGAGAACAAUAACAUAUGGAGGCGACACUAAGACAUGGCUGGGGUCCGUUAAUCUAUAUUCAACCGAGCAGGACAAGGAGGAGCAGAAGAAGAAACAAAAAGAAAUGCUACAGGAGAUUGGUAUCGCAUAAAGCUACAACAACAGGCA